GAUCAAUAGAAAUAAUUAAAUAAUCCAACAAAUUGAUCGCCGCCGCAAGUGCUGUUCCGGUGCAGAUCCGUUCCCUCUUACCGGUAUGUAAUAAUGGAUCCAAUUUAGGGUUUUUGUCUAUCCGUCGAAUCGGUGAUAUGACUAACCGAUUUCAACUUUCAUCAACAACCGACUAGAUUCGAUAUGUGUUUGAUGAAUUGCUCGAAUUGAUGAUGUGUAGGGUACUCUCAGAAAGAGUAAACAAAAAAGGGAGAGGGGCGGGCAUGUACGGGAGAAAAGGGUAUCAGCUGAUUAAAGAUUUUGCGAGCGGGGAGAAGGGCCACCUCAAACCUUUCAAUAGCAAGCUCUUUGACGAGGCUAUCGAGGAAUGCGACCAGAAUCACCAUCUCAUCCAGUCUCUCAUAAGGAAAAUGCAACAAGAAGGGUUGGAUGUUCACGACAACAGAAACGCUGAUCACUAUGGAGCACUCGUUCAUCACCUUUCUUUGAUCCGCAACAAGCGCUGCCUCAUGGCCUAUGUGCACAAUAGAGCAGACAUUGUGCGUGAUCUGGCGUGGACCAUAGGACUUGAAAUUAUCGAACUUCCACCUGAUAUCCAAGAGAAGCUCACCGCACUCGAGAAAGACUACUUCAAGAACCAUUCCGUAGCUAUCACAUCAUACAUGGGUAAAGUAGGAAUCGAGUUGAAUGUGGAUAUGGUGCCUCCAAAAGAUCCAUACAUCAAGAUCAGAGUUGUGGGAGAUAUCGAGCAAGGAAUAGUGAUGAGUGACAAGACAACAAAUUUCACCCGUCACUCUAUGCAUUUCCUUAGACGAACUGAUGCUGAACCCUACAUUGCUCGGGGGCAAAUGGAGGAACUGACAGGUUGAUUCAUCUAAAGAAGCUCUGGUGAUCUAUCUCAGAUUUAUUACACGCUCUUGCUGCUCUGUGAUCAAAAGAGUGCAAGCUUAUUUGUAUAAUUGUAAGAUAGGACCAAUGAAAGAAACCUCAUACCAAAAAAAACUCAUGAACCACGUUACUUCACUGCUUCUGUAAGUUGGAAUCUUUAUUACAAUCAUCAUCAUCAAUAGAUUCGUCCCUCUCCCCU